AUGUCCCAGAUACCAAUUAGCGCCGUCGACUCAACUCCCCCAGUUGAGCCUCGGGAUGAUGACUUCUGCACCACCCAGGCUUGCAAGGACUUCGCGAAGUCGAUUAAUCAGAACCUCGCCAAAAACUACACUGACAUUGACCCUUGCUCUGACUUUGCCCAAUUCGUCUGCGGAGGAUGGGAAGAGACUCACACUUACAGGCCUGACCAGAGUGGCGUCAACACCUUCUCCGUCCUUAAUGAUGAGAAUACCGAAAUUUUACGGACUCUCCUCGAAAAUCCGUACCCGGACAACAGCUCGUACUCGGGUGCCAACGAGACAGCCCACCGUGAGAACUUCGAGAAGAUGCAGGCCGCAUUCAACGUUUGCAUGGACCAAGACACCAUUAAGAAAGCCGGUGUCAAGCCUUUGCAAACCCUGCUGAACGAGUUACCCAGUUCGCAGCAGUACGGAUCUGAUGACAGCAUCACCAACACCCUCAUCUGGCUUCAGAAGUAUGGCGUGGAUGCCCUCGUAAGCAGUGGAACUGGCGCCGACGACAAGACCCCACAAGUUGUGACAAUCUUUGUGGGUGGCGGAGUCUACGGGCUGCCGUCCAAAGAGUACUACAACAGGUCCCAAAUAGUUGCCAACUACACCAAGACCAUUGCAGACAUGUUUGCCAUCGUCAACGAGGAUAGCAACUCAGCCACCUACGAAGAUCUCGCGUCCAAGAUUGUCGACCUAGAGGGGAAGCUUGCACAUGCACAGCCUGACCCUGACCAGGAGAACGACGUGACGUACAACUACAAUCCUAAGCCUUUCUCCGAGGUAGACGAGUUGGUUUCGCAGAUCUCAUUCUCAAAGCUGCUCAAUGCCUUCAUCCCGAAAGGAUUCAAGCCGGACCAGGUGAUCGUAUCGACGCCAGACUAUUUCCCGCAGCUCUCCGACAUUCUCAGCAACACGAGCUCGGACGCCCUCAAAGGCUACUUCCAGUGGUCUCUUAUUAACUCGUGGGCGGGUCGACUACAUAGUGACUACAACAAGCCCAUCAGGAUCCUCGAAAACCAGCUUUCUGGCCGUCCUGAGGAUGCCGAGCCUGAGAGGUGGAGAACAUGCCUGAACGAAGUUGACAGCAAUCUGGGCUGGAUUGAAAGCGGCUUCUUUAUUGAGCGUAGAUUCUCUCCGGAGGCCAAGAAGUUCGGCGAGAAAAUCGUUGACGACAUCAAGGCUAUCUACACCGAAAGAUUGAGUACCUACGCGUGGAUGUCAAAGGAUGUUCAGGAGAAGGCCAAAAAGAAAGUCGCAAACAUUGUCAAGAAGGUCGGAUACCCCACAGCCUCGCCCAGCGUGCUGGACCCGCUGGAUGUCAGGAACUACUACACCAACGUAUCUAUCAGCGGCGACUUUUUUGACAACGGCCUCGUGUUCAACGAGUUCGGCCAAAACCGAUCAUGGAACGCCUUGCUAAAGCCUGACGACAAGUUGAAGUGGGAGAUGACGACGCCGACCGUCAAUGCUUACUACAGCCCCACUGGCAACGAAAUCGUCUUUCCCGCCGGCAUCAUGCAGAACCCCUUCUUCAACAGCGACGUCCCUGAAUACAUUUCUUACGGCUCGUUUGGCGUCGUCGCGGGCCACGAGUUAACGCAUGGCUUCGACAACUCGGGCAGCCAGUACGACGAGAACGGCGCAUACCGGGACUGGUGGGACAACAGCACGCGUGCCAACUUUGACAACCGCACCAAGUGCUUUGUUGACCAGUACUCGUCGUACACGAUCCCAGGGCUUGAAGACGGCGAGACGGUCCACGUCAACGGCAAGCUGACGCUCGGCGAGAACAUUGCCGACUCAGGCGGCGUGUCGGCCGCCUACGCCGCGUGGACCAAGCGUAACGCUGCCGCCCCGAACCAGCUGCUGCCGGACCUGCCCAAGAUCAUUUCGACGCCGGAGAAGCUGUUUUUCUUGUCGUUUGGGACCACAUGGUGCCAGAACAUCCGCCGCGAGGCAGCAGUGCAGCGUGUCUACACAGACCCGCAUGCGCCCAACAUCUACCGCAUCAUUGGAUCGGUGGCCAACUCACGCGCUUUCAAGGAGGCGUACAACUGCCCCGUCCAGAAGCCGGAUUGCGAACUCUGGUAG